AUGUGCGGCGACCUCGGGUCCCACAGGCAAGCCGUUGGCGCUCGACAGUGCGGCCAACGGGCCGUUGGUUUCGUCGAACACGCCGAUCAGGCGGAUGUCGGAGUUGGUAAGCUGGAACUGCUUCACCGUCUCGUCGAAGCCGCCACUGGUGAGCACGCCAUCACCAAAGCUAACGCAGCUGAUUCCGUCGGCAUGCAGCUGUUUGCGAUAAAAGAAUCCGCCUUCGUCAGCGUCUCCAAACUUGACCACGUCACCGUUAACAAGCGGGUCGCUGAGUGGGAACCCGCCAUUCACCGAUAA